GAUUGUUCCGAAGAAGUUUUGGGUGGCGAAAACAGUGCAGUGAUGAACGGCGAAGAAAAGGUGUCGAUCCAGACUAUUGGCGGCAUUAUACUCAAAGUCGUCAAAGUGCUGGUGAACAUAGUCAUCUUGAUAAUCUAUCGAACUGGUUACGGCGGCGAGUUUCUGGGCGUCGGCGGGACAUGGAAUCUAAACGAGGAAAAGAGUCCGGAUGUCGAAAUAAUAGCGUCCGGCAUUUUCGUGGGUUUUUUCAUCUACACGUCCGUGGUGCUUAUCAGUUACUGCUUCGGCACUUUGGAACAUAAAAAAACCAUUGUGGAAAUCAUAAUGAACUUCAUCGGCAUGUUUAUGUUCAUCGUAAUUGGAGGAAUUGCCCUUCACUACUGGCACGGGUACAUGUCGGAGCACAAGUACAUUCACAUAGCGACCGAGAAACAGGUUGGCAUAGCGCUCGGACUGCUGUGCAUUUUCGAAGGCUUGGGGUACCUUUUGGACCUCAUAUUCACCGUCAUGCAUUAUCUCGAAGAUGUAUACUAGUAAUUUUUUUUUUUUUACAUGUUAAAACUAAUAAAUAAUAAUUUUACAAACAAAAAUCACACAAACGCCAUAUUCACAAGAGUAAAAUGAUUUUACAAUAACAGAUUCACAAAGUCAAAAUUAUUUCGUUCGUCGAUGAUUCAUAGCAACAACGUGUUCACGUGCAGAUUAAAAAUUAAAUUUUUUUACAUUGCAUAUUUUUUUAAUUUACGCUUUGCGUUCACCGUAACGCCGCAAAUGACGAAUAUUGCGGAAACAUCUACUGCAACGUACUUAUAUGCCGAUUACAAUAUGUUAUUUAGUAUGAAUAAAAUAUUUUAUACGUAACACUCGUCUCGCUCGUCAUAUCAACCAUUUCUCAUCACGUUAAAAAGUAUUUCUUUUAGAUUAUUAUUAAAUUACAUCAUAUAAAAUAAUGUAACGUUUUGUAUAA